AUGGCUCCGAAACCAUUCAAGCCUGCUCUCAUCGUCGUGGAUUUCCAAGAAGACUUCUGCCCCCCCAACGGCUCCCUCGCCGUCCCCAACGGCAGAGACAUCUCCCCAACCGUAAACUCCCUCCUCCAGCUCCCCUUCCCCCUCAAGCUCGCCACCCGCGAUUGGCACCCGCCCUCCCACAUCUCUUUCUCCCCAAAUCACCCAGACACCUCCCCCUUCACCUCCUCCAUCACCGUCCACCACCCCACCGACCCCUCCCACCUCCCCUACGUCACCACCCUCUGGCCAAUACACUGCGUCGCGGGCUCCCCUGGUGCUCAGCUCGUCCCGGAGCUCGACGCCGACGCCCUCCACGCCGUCCUCGACAAGGGCACCCGCCCGGACCUCGAGAUGUACUCGGCCUUUUACGACCCCUUCCGCGUCGAGGACACGGGCCUGGCGGACCGCCUGCGCAGAGAGGAAACCACCCACGUCUUCGUCGUGGGGCUCGCCGCCGACUACUGCGUCCGCGCCACCGCCCUCCACGCCGUGCAGGAGGGGUACACUACCUACAUCGUCGAGGAGGGCACCCGGCCCGUCUCCCCGGAGGGCUGGCCGGACUGCAGGCGGGAGCUGGUUGGCGGCGGCGUCAAGAUGAUCUCGUUUGACGGGGAGGAGGUGGCGCGCGUGAGGGCUUUGGUAUCAUGA